AGUGACUCUGAUUGGAUGCGCAGUUCGGCUUUAAACAGACGGCGCAGGAUUUUUAGCGUGUGUGUGUGUGUGUGUGUGUGUGUGUGUGUUGUGUCAUGGCUUCAGAACUCGAGUUUCUGCGAGAUCAGGUGAACAGGUUGAAUUUAGUCCUUGGCCGUUAUCAGGACGCUCCAUCGGCUUUCACACAGGGGGAAGAUGUAGAGUGUGAGUCCGCAGCACCCUGGAUCACAGACCAAAGCAUCGUGGCUCCUCUGAUAGUGGAAUAUGAUCGUCACAUGCAGCAGAUGGAGAAACAGCUCAAACUCUACCAGAGGCAGAUGGAGGAUGUCAGGGCCAGUCUGGAGCAGGUGGUGCGUGAGAAUGAACGGCUCUAUGCGGAACAGCGGCUCUGUGUAGAGAAACAGCUCCAGUCUCUCUCUGUGGAUGAAGAUGCUGCAGCAGAUGCAGUCGCCAUGAGCAACCUGGAGGACCAGGUCAAGUGUGCAGUGGAGGAGAAGGAGCAGGCAGUACAGAUGUGGCGAGUCGCUGCUCAGGAGCUGGAUCGUCUGCAGAAACUUUACCAGACCACCAUGAGGGACGAACACAUACACACUGCACAACACCAACACACACAGAAUCAGAUUGCCCAGCUCCAACAACACGCCCAGAAACUUCAGGCGACGAAUCAAAACCUGGAAUCGACGAACGAACAGCUCCUGAAGACCGUAACAGAACAGAGCAGUGAACUGGAAGAACUACGAAAUCAGCUCAGGGAGGCGAAGCAGGAUCUCAGGACAGCUACAGCUAAAGUGGACGAGAUGACUAAGCUCAUGAAGAACGUUCAGGACCAGAUGCAGCGCACGGAGGAGGAUGCAGCAGAGGCUCAUGGGAGAGAGGAAGCAUCGGAUCGCCGGCUUUUGCAGCUACAGACGGCGCUGAGCCAGAUAGAAGGCAGGCUGAAGGUGGCGAGCCAGGAGGCGGAGUCAGUGAGGAGGAAGGAGGUGCUGUGGGAGAAGCAGGUCGGGGAGCUGCAGAGCCGCUGUGCUGCGUUAGAGGACGACAAGUUCGAGGCUUUUCAGAGACUUCGGGAUUCACUGCAGCUGGCAGAGGAGGCGGCACUGCAGAGAGACCAGGCUCAGCUGCGGGAGAAGCAGAGGGUGGAGGAGUUGGAGAGGAUGAAGGAAGGGAUGAAGCAGCUGGUAGAGGAAGCAGCCGUCCGCACCAGGAAGGAGGUGGAGUGUGUGCGUCAGCAGUGUAACACACAGAUCCAUCGUCUCACGGAGGAACUCGCCGCUCUGCAGCUGGAGUGUUCUGAUAAACAGAGUCAGCUGGAGAGAGCACACAGAGAGAGGAAGGCGGUGGAGGAGGAGCUUGAGAAGGUGUACAGAGAGGGCCGGUACGGUGAAGCAGACCUGAGGAAGACUGAGGCUCUACAUCAGAGGUGUUUAAACGCAGAGAGAAUGAAAGACGAGCUGGAGCACACACUCAACACCACACAAUCCAACAUGAAGAAGAUGGAGCUAGAAUUGAGUGAGGAGCUGUUGCGCUGUCAGGAGGAGGUGCGCAGGCUGCAGGUGGCGCUGUCCAGCACGAGAACCGAGUGCAGCAGUGUGAGUGAGGAGAGACUCAGCCUGCAGCAGGAGAACCAACAACUGCACAGAGACCUGGACACACUGCGCAAAGAGUGUGUGUCCGCGCAGAGACACGCCAAACUGCAGGUGUCGCGCAUGCAGCAGGAGGUGUGUGUGAGGGAGCAGGCUGUAGAGUCGAGGCUCAGAGAGAUGGAGGAAAGCAACAAACACUCCACGGCUGAACUACAGCGCCGCCUGCUGGCACAACAACACAACAACAAACGCUAUAGAGAGGAGAGCAUACAGCUCACACACACACUGCAACACACACUCACCUCACUCAGGGCGGAGCUGAGCAGACAGAAACAGCGCUGUCAGGAGUUGGAGAUUAAUUUACAGUCAGAGCAGGAGAAGAUCCUUGAGUGUGAGCGUGAGUUAGCAGAGCAGCAGGAGAAGAACACUCGCUUACAGACUCGACUCACUCAGGCUGAACACAGAGCGUCCACCGCCUCACAGCAGCUCACCCUGAUGACACAGAGGAGGAAAGCUGCUUCCAUGAUGGACCUGGAGACGCUUCAUUAAUUCCUGCACUGUCUCAGUGGAGCUUUUCACUGAAACUGCAACAUGAAUUUUUGUUGUUUUUUUUUACGAAAAUGAGAACUGUAUAAAACCUUUUUUAACCAUUUCACUCCUGUAUCCUAAACCACACACAUCACAGAAAGCCCUAUGAGCAGCUGACUGAGUUCACUAAAGCGAUAGUUUAUUUUA